CCUCCUCCUCCUUCCUCUCUUCUUGAGACUGAAAACACAAUCGCUCAUUGCCACCCGUGACAUUUUGCAGCCUGUCGCCGCACGCUGCGCGGACACCCUCUUUGGAAGCUCCCCGUCUCUUUUGGACCCUUCCCUUCUUCCCGACAGCAGCAAGCAUCCCGAUCCGCUUGUAGCCGGAGCGAGAGGCGCACCAGGCGGAGGCGAGGAUCUACAAGCAGCCGCUACUCUCUGGACUUAAAACACGACUCGAUCACAACUAGGAGAUAUUUUCGUUUAGGGCACGGAGGCUGAGACUGCUGAACUGUAGCCCGGCAGUGCAUCAUCAUCUUGGGGAAGGACCGACUGGCGAGUCGGAUGGAGAAGAGGUAUGAAGACCUGGUGCACUACUCGGGGACGGAGGGCAUGUCAAUGGGGGUGUACGGGGAUGAUGUCAGAACACUUCCAACCCCUCAGUACGGAGCCGUCAUCCCCGACUCCCUCAAACACCACAAGGACCAGAUCUAUGGUCACCCAUUGUUCCCAUUGCUGGCCUUAGUUUUUGAAAAAUGCGAGCUUGCCACCUGCUCUCCCCGAGACUCCGCCUCGCUGUCAGCCACAUCCCACCUCCCUGGCAUGACAAGUCACAGCGACGUGUGCUCCUCGGAAUCCUUCAAUGAUGACAUUGCUGCUUUUGCUAAACAGAUUCGUUCAGAGAAACCAAUAUUUUCUUCCAAUCCUGAACUGGACAACUUGAUGAUUCAAGCAAUACAAGUUCUUCGCUUUCAUUUACUGGAGUUAGAAAAGGUGCAUGACCUAUGUGAUAAUUUCUGCCACCGUUACAUCACCUGCCUGAAGGGCAAAAUGCCCACGGACUUGGUCCUGGAUGAACGGGAGGGAGGCUCCAAGUCCGACAUGGAGGACUUUAACGGAUCCUGCACCAGUCUGUCGGAACAGAAUGCAUCAUGGUUACGAGAGCCGGAUGAAUGUGCCGCCACUCCGUUGGGAACCCCGGGCACCUGUGGUCUGCCCUCACACAGCACAGGGGACAAUUGUAGCGAUACAGGUGACGGUCUGGACACUGGAAUGGCCUCCCCCAGCACGGGAGAAGAGGACGAGUCUGACAGAGAGAGAAGAAACAACAAGAAGAGAGGCAUUUUCCCCAAAGUGGCCACAAACAUAAUGAGAGCGUGGCUCUUCCAGCAUCUAACGCACCCGUACCCAUCAGAGGAGCAGAAGAAGCAGCUGUCGCAGGACACGGGGCUGACCAUCUUACAGGUCAACAACUGGUUCAUCAACGCCAGGAGGAGAAUCGUUCAGCCCAUGAUUGACCAGUCAAAUCGCUCAGGUCAGGGUGGUCCCUACAGCCCAGAGGGAGCAGCGCUUGGGGGUUACGGACUUGAUGGACAAGCCCACCUCAGCCUCCGAGCAGCAGGUCUUCAAGGAAUGCCAUCACUGCAGGCGGACUACUCCAGUGCUCUGCUGUCCCAAGCAGCCUACCCAGCCCACCCAGGACCUUCCCUCCACCCCUACCCGGGCCCACACCCACACGCCGCCAUGCUGCUUCACCCGCCACCACACGCGCAUCCUACAGAGCCCCUCCUUGCACAAGGACUGGACAUCCAUGCACACUAGCUGUGGGGGGGGGGGAGUUUCUGUGAGUGUGAUGAUUCCUACACACUAUUUAAAGAAAACAAGUUGAGUUUACAUUCCCUACCAAAAGACAAUGACCUCAAUGUAGCUCUCGCACACACAACACAUAAACUGGUUUAAGCCAUACCUCUCUCCGAGUAGAAGUGCUUCCGCCGCUCCCAUCAUCUCCACUGUGUCCCGUGGAUGAGAACAAUGCUUUAACCUUCCCACUGUACGUGUUGUUGGACCACUGGAAGAGACAAGACCAAUAUUUAUCACCAGACAUGAUUUUAUGUUACGACAUUACCGGAUGGGACUCGAGUCUAUGUGUGACCAUGCCUUCAAGCUCUGUCUUCCUGCACAAGUGACUGCCCAGAUUAAAAAAAAAAAAAACACAUACAAACACCCUUCCCACACUUUAUUUAAAGCUGAUUUGAGUUUUUACUUAUUCUAUUUUUGUAUUUAUGUGAGCAACUCAUGGCAGUUGCAGUUUGACACAAGCUUGUUUGAAAUCUUAGUGCUCUUCCUCAGCAUGAAGCUAAAACACGAUGAAUGAUUUCCAGUCUGCCUCGCUCUCAUACCACUGACCUCCUUAAUAUGCCAACAGGUGUCCGUUGCACGCGCGCACAGACACACACAGACAGACACACACACACACACACACACUUACACACUGAUGAGACAAGCUCUUUAAGCAUUUGCAUACAUGCUGUGUGUCGCAGCAGUGAGACGGGAGCUGCAGCCAAAGGACUUUAAACAUUCUGCUCCCUAUCAACUCUGCUCUGCUCGGACUGUAUUGAAAUAUUUCUGAAUGAAU